AUGGCAAAAGAUACAUCUCGUCCCAAAGCUAUCAACAUCAUUCGCCCCAACCAUUCAUUAUCUACCACCGCCAACAAUAAGCGUUCCACACCGACACCACCCCUCAAGCCGCAUAUAUCAUCUUCUUCCAAUGCAAGAAAACCCAAGGUUACUACUUCCGCAAAGAUCUCAUUUGACCAUGGCAUUGGUGCAUCAGGAAGCAAGCCGCAACUCAACAUUUACCGUCCCCCAUCGCGAUCACCACAAGGACCCCAAGUACUUGCACCACAACCUCGCGUAUCUGUAACCACUACACCUAACUCAAAUAGAGGUAUUGGUGGUAAUGUAGUGCAUAGCCAGCGAACCAAGGCAUCAUUACAACAAGAGGCAGUUCCUCGUUCGCUUACAACGCCCAUCCUUGCAUCCAACUCUACGCCUGUAUCCAUUGCUGAUCGAUUUCAACGUCGCACUACACCAACACCGCCAUCACCACAGCAACAACAACAACAACACCUUGGUGAAACAUCAUCACCUCCAUCAUUAUCAUCCCAGCCAAGUUUAAUGACUCGUUCUCGUACGCUUCAUACCGUGAAUGCUGUUCUUACCACUACAUCCGAUGAAGAAAGCGAAACAGACGAGGAGGAGGAUGUGGAUCCAAAUGAGAGUGCCAGCAGCAGCAGUACAAAUGAUGAUGAGGAGGAUGAGGAUGAUCCUAUGAUUAAUGAGGCACGCGUAAAUAGAAAGAUUGCCGAUUUGGAGAUAUCCAAUCGAUCUCUGCUUGCCGUCAACGAAUUAUUGGAAAUCACAGUGCGUCGACAAGCAUCCCAAGUAGCCAAAUUAAAGAAACAAUUAGCGAAUGAAGGACCUUUGGACAUCAAACCAUUGCCUUUGCCAUCAACAACAACCGAGGAAGACCAAGAGGGAGACGACAAUGAUGACGAUGACGACGACUGGGAAAAGGAUCCAACGUUUCACCGCAUGUACCAACUUACAGAGAGCAUGAUUCAGUUGGGUCAAGAGUCUUUACGUUUUCAAUAUAAGGGUGCCCGUGUUUUAUCCCACUAUAAUCAAGAUGAAGAGGACGAGGAAGAGCAGGUUGAGGAUAAUGAUUGUGAACCAAGUACACGACCACCAGCAACGAAUCAACAAGUGGAUCAAUCCACAAAGCAACAUAGCAACAACGUUCAUUCUCCAUGGCAACCAAAGUAA